GGGAGUAGGUCAUCUGCUGCGAUGGGCCAGGCUGGUUGGGACCGCUGCAGGUUUGGGGAGAGGCUGCAGGCUGCCCUGGCCGGACUCCAUGAGCUUCAUCUCUUACGGGAGAAGCAGAAGAGACUGGUGGCCGCAGCGUUGGCGAUGAAAACCGAUCAAGGAACGGAGCAGCCCGGCGCUAAUCCGGCGCAGUCGGGCGCAUAUCACUUCGAGGAACAGAGACUGGAAGCCACCCUCACGGUUCUCAAGGACCAAUUGUCUCGUUUGCGAACACAAGAUGCUGGUUUGAAAAGUCACUUGGAUCAGCUUGAUCAGCAAAUCAGUGAAUUAAAGCUGGAUGUGUGCAAAUCAUCCAAUGAGCAUUUGGAGAGCGAUAGCAGGCCAAGUUCAGGUUUUUAUGAUCUGAGCGAUGGCGGGUCUUGCUCUUUGUCCAACUCUUGUACAUCGGUGUAUAGCGAAUGCAUGUCUUCAUCUCACAGCAGUUUGAAGCCCUGCUCACAGGAGCUCAGGAACCGUCUGAGUGUCUUUCACUACCGACCGAAAUCGGCAGAUGAGACCACUGUGCAUGUGUCCUCAGCCUUUACAAAUCUCCAGCAGAGGGGUGUUUACAUCAAGGAUGGCGCUCAGAAGCAAACCUCUGACCUCACAGGGAAUCCAACAAGACAACGACCAAGACCAGUCUCAACAGGGGACCUUGAAAGGAUGAUUCCAUCAGACCAUGGAUUUCUAUCUGCGGCAAAACUUCAGCGUGUCUCAACAUUUUGCCAUGGCAAUGACCUGCAGUCCCACAGUGUGGAUCCAAGAUACCAGCAUGAUUUGGUUUCUAAAAAAGGCAGCGAUAUAUAUACCUACCCAAGCCCUCUACAUGCUGUAGCAUUGCAGAGUCCACUUUUUGCAUUAUCGGAUGAUACAAAAGAAGGGGACUGUCCUCCUAUGGAAAAUAAAAAUACUGACCAUGCUGUUAAGGGUGUGUUACUGGAAAGAAAUGAGUUUGAUGCUGAACUCAGACUUGGAGGUUAUAUCAACAAACUGCUUCAAUUAAAUAAAUGCAAAGCAAACAAGCCAAUUGGGUAUAAUGAAAAAGCCUCAGAAAAGACUCAACCAACCAUAAAACUACAGAGACUUGUUCUAAGGUCUAGCACCGGUGGAGUGAAAAUUAAUAGCAGUUAUAGUCCAGUGGAAAAACAGUGUUGUACAUUGGAAGUUGCUAAGGAAGUAAAUCUACAAAAGGAUGUACAGUCUAGUGAAGCAGCAAAGCGACAUGCUAUUCAUGGUCUUCAAGAAAAACAGAUAAUCAAGAUUCCAGUUACAGAGAGUAAAGCCACAACUAAAUGUUGCUUGAGCGCAAUAGAGGAUACCUCAGCAGAGUCUUUAGAACUACCAUCAUAUUCAAGUUUCACAUCAGAAGAAUCAAACAAGAAUAACACACACUUGCCAAGAAAAGUUGUCCCGGUCCAAAAAAACAAAAAACUUCUCAACCCCAGGGAUAAAAGCUCUAAGGGUAUUCCCACUCAGCAUGAAUUUGUCCAAGCCAGUUUUGUCUCUGCAGAGAGCCACCAAGUUAAACUAAGAAUGUCUACCUCCAAAAACAAAUUAAUAAAGAGAAGAAACAGUGAAAAGCCUUUAAGAUCUGGGCGACCUGUGUUUGCUAUGGACAAACAAAGAUUAAGUGAACCAUCUAGGGUGCCAGAUGAGUGGAUCCAAAUGAAUAGACCUAAUAUAAGUGGAGGAAAAAUGCUUAUGAGAAGGCCUACUUUUAUAGGGGAGGCUUCUGGAAGGUCUUGUUCAGAAACUAGUUUGUAUCCUGUUCAGCUCCGAAUGCCGCAGGUUCCACCCAGGUCUCAUGUUUAUAGACGUUCAUCUAAUGCCUUGCAUUCCCUCGAUACUGUUACAGCUGAACGAUCUGUAAAUAAAAAGCAACGUAAGUGGCAGUCUUCAGUAGAGAUUUCUGUGAAGAGUCAGUUGCCUGGUUACCCUGGUUGCCCGAGACCAGGCUUAGUGCAAAACAGACAACCAGUGAAAAAAGCAGGUGUUAUAAGGACUAUAAGUCUAAGGAACACAUCAAGGCACCACCGACAAGUAGAUACCUAUGCAAAAAGUGAGUCAGAUUAUUCUGAAUAUUCAGCAGAGUGUGCCUCUCUUUUUCAUUCCACCAUAAUUGAGACAAGUGAAGAGGAAGUCAGCGACUACACUACUAACCGGUUUGGAGACAGUGAAUCCAGUGACAGUGACUCAGAGGGUAUCACAAGCUCCAGCAGCCUUACUUUGGACUGUGAUUAUACUGACGAAAGUGAGAUCGUUUGGACUGAGGCUACCACCAGACUUCCAGUAGCUGAGUCCAUGAACAGGCCAAUGAAAGCAGAGCCAAAAGUUUGUCGCAUCAAAGCGUCCAAAGCACUAAAAAAAAAGAUUAGGAGAUUCCAGCCGGCAUCCUUAAAGGUUAUAACCAUGGUAUAAGGAAGGGCAAGACGUCAUACUGAGUCUCUCUUUAACAAAACAAUAGAAUUGCUGCUUCCUGAAAUGACGUUUUCAAUUGAACUAUGAACGACCCUUGCGCUUUCCAAAGAGCCCUUUCAUUUGCUAACAACUUUCAAAUGGCACUGUACCUAAUUUCCUUUUGCUAUUUCAUUCAGAUAUUGUCUUAUGUAAUUAUAUAUUUCUUUUCUUAUUAUGACUUCAUUAUGCAGCAAACUCUGCACUGUUUUAAUUAAAUGUAAAUAAAAGUUAUUUAAUAUUGUCCA